UGUUAAAUUAUAUUCACUGUAAAGAGACUUGAUUUGAAGAGAAAGGAAAUCUUCAGUAGAUUUGUUUGUGAAAUCAGAACUGGAGUGCCCUGUUGCUCAAGUUUCUAGGGUUCCAGACAACCCAGCUGGUAAUACUGGAGCGGGAGCUGAUAGGGAGUCAAGUAGCUGUUUGGGGAGUAAGCCCCUAGGGAGCUGUGAGCCCUAUACAUAGAUAAAGCCAGUGGUCUACAUAUACAAACAGUGGUGUACACAUUUAGCAUCUGUACAUUGCUGCCCAGAGCGUAUGUGUGUGUGUGUCUGUCAGUGAAGCCUGCUUGAGCCUCCCGAACUGGAUCUUGAUAUUUUCAAAUUCUUAGUGGAGAUAACAGACCCUUGGAGGAAUGUUCACUGCAGUGGAGUCUCAGCGUUGAGACAUUGAUGUGUUGUAUUUUUCGGAGUUCCUCAGCCUGUUAGAUUCACUGGGAGAGAAGAUAUACCCGAUUCUAUAUCAAGAUUCUGAGUGGGGAAAAGUUUCUACGACCCUGAAGAAGGAAAUUCGAUACAUCCACAACUAAGACAUGAGUUUCCUCAUCAGCUUCAUGGUGGACGCCCGUGGGGGCGCCAUGAGGGGGCGUCGACACUCUGGGGUCCGGAUCAUCAUCCCCCCUAGAAAAGCCUCCAUGCCCACCCGCGUUACCUGUCGCCUGAUCAAGAAGGAAAAACUGAUGCACCCCCUCCCCAUCAACGAGGGUGAGGCCCUCGCUGCCAGGAUCCUUGAGAUGGGACCAGUAGCUACCAAGUUCCUAGG